AGAAGGGCUUGGGCGGCCGGCAAGGUUUUGUUUAAAAAUGGCGGUGCUCACGAGAACGUUUUUGUGGUGGUUGAGUAGUUUCUGCAUAGUUUCUCAAAUUUAUAGCGAAACUCCGCACAAAGAUAGCUUCACUGAAGAACUAUUUAUAAAGCCGCUUUCUAGUGGCCACGUUUACAAUUACUUUCUGUUCACGACGAGGUGGAAGAUCGAAAGCGACGAGGAAACAUUCCAGCAUUUUCGUCUAUUUCCACUUUCGCUGGGCGAGAUCGUCAGCCAGAAACACGUCCAAGAACUGCACUUGGCCCUCACGCAAGGCCGAUGGCAACACCAGAAAUGGGGAUAUCCUUUCCAAGAAGCACCUCCGGGGGCACAUCUCUGGGCCUGGUUCAAUGACGAUGUAUCGAGUGUCGACAGUGCAUGGAAGGACUUGACCCACUCACUCUCUGGUCAGCUCUGUGCUUCUCUCAACUUCAUUGAUGACACUGUGACGGUGUCACCCAAGAGGUCAUUUCGGCCCCAGGGAUGGGUCAGGUCGCACAAUGAAUCCCUCCUGCGCUAUGCAGCAUUGCCUCGAGAGUCUGUCUGCACUGAAAACCUCACACCCUGGAAAAAGUUCUUGCCCUGUGGUAGCAAAGUGGGCCUUGCUACCUUGCUUCAUGCCUUGCAAUUAUUCACUGCCAACUACAUGUCCAUAGCGCUAGAUCUCAAGACCGUUUGUGAGAACGAAGAGUGCAAGGAUGCUAUACUCGAGCUUCAGAUGUCAGUCUCGCUUGUCUUUGAUACAGUGAUCUCCCAGAAUGGCUAUCAAAGCUGGUCUUUGAGCAAGCUUUUCGGAUCUGGUCUCAUCACAACCUGUCCACUGGCAUCCAUGAGCGCCAUCUACGUUGAAACUUCCAAUAAUGGGAGUGUGGGAGCGUUUAAGCUUGCACCAGAACCAAUACAGUUUGUCUCCACGGGUGCGGGCACCACCAAACGUACAUUUGCCCUGUACGAUGUCAAGCACCAUGUUCGAGCUGGACGUUUUAAUCUGGCAGCAAACUAUGAGAAGCCUCACAUCUAUUGGAUUGUUCCAGAGCCAGCUCUGUAUGCCAGUCGUUACAUUCAAGGUUAUGGACUAGAGAGAGGAGGCAUCGUCAACAGGAUUCACAACAAUGACCCUAAGAAGGCCAUUCGAGUUGUCUUUCUUGACAUUGUCCCAUGGUUUCUAAGAGUCUACGUGCACACACUGAAAGUUUCCUCUGAGGGCAAACUGAUCACACCAGAGCAUGUGUAUUACAAGCCUGGAAGGGACAGGGAACAGUCGCAUCACCUUGAGCUGACACUCGUGCUGCCCCCUGCUUCGGAAACGGUGCUGUCGUACGACUUUGAGCGGGCUUUUCUCAAGUGGACCGAGUAUCCCCCAGACGCCAAUCACGGAUUCUACGUAGGAUCGGCAGUGUUGAGUGCGUCCCUGAGUGCUCCUGUUGCAAACUACAGUGGUGACAUAUCUCUCUGUCCAACGCUCAGACACUGCAUCACUGGAGGAACUGCUUCGGCACCAUUUGGGCAUGAAGGCAAUUUGAAACCGCAUUGGUUUGUUAGAAUUUACACGGAGACUCUUCUGGUGUCCCUGCCCACCCCAGACUUCAGCAUGCCUUACAACGUCAUCUGCCUUGCCUGUACUGUGGUUGCUCUAGCAUUUGGGCCAAUCCACAACAUGGCAACAAACAUGCUAACCCCGGUUGAAAUCAAGAAAGAAGGCGGAUUACUGUCAAAGCUGAAGUCCAGGGCCCGAGCUAUUUUUGGUCGAAAGUCUCAAACAGGGGGCUCAGGUGAUACAGAGAUCUCUACUGAAGAAAAGAAGGAUCAGUAAAUGUUUUUUCUAGUGUCACUGACACUUUUAUAAUGCAAAAUAAGCUUGGCAAUAAAAAUUAUUUUGUUUUUA